CACAAAAAGACACGAACAACAAGAAAAAAUUUUAGACAUCUCUUGAAGAGGUAAUUUUCUGUGAAAAACACAAAAAUUUGUGUAAAAAAUUAAAAAAAUAGCAUUUGGACGCGUUAAAAUUAUGAAAUUCAUAUAAAAUUAAUAGCAAAAGCAUCAUUUAGAAUAAAAUUGCAAAGAUUUUUCACACAAAAGUGCAUGGAAAGUGUUAAAAAUACAUGAAUUUAUAUAUUUGGCCCCAUACAAGUGAAGUUGUGUUGUAGUAGAGCAAAGAAAAAGGCGCCACCAAUAAAAAAAUUAACUAAAAAAUUUUGCUGAUAAAAAGAAAUGCCCCGUCUGCUGGCUGCUGAGUAUGUGUACUCCGGCGCUUUGGACGAUGGUUAUAAUGACUAUGUAACAACAACCACACCACCACCCACUAUAGCACAUGCAGCACAACAACAUAUAGAGACAGCUCCACAAACGCGGCAACAUCAAAUACCAACAAUUGCGAUGCCAUCAAACACAAUUACAGCACGUUCCAUGAGUCCAGUAGCUGAGGGCAAUGCUAAUACACCACCACAACCAUCUGGCGUAAAACUACCAGAACAAAUACACACUAUAUCGUCUAGUGACGAGGAGGAGUUUGUUGAACAAAAUACUAUCGAGGACGAAAUUACAAAUAUUUCUUCUGAUGAAAGUGGUGAUUUUGAGGGCUUUGAUGAUUAUACUACCCCUAAUAGUAGCGGUCUCAUAAAUGACGCUAGUCAGGAGGAUCUUAAUAUUUCCAGCAAUUACUUGAAACGUCAUUCGCAAAUUGACUACAAUGAGUAUCGUGAAGAUUCUGAAGGUGUUGUUGAAGCCAUCGAAGUUGAUGAUGAAGAUGAGGAGAUUGCCAUUGGAGAUGAUGGCCAGAUUAUCUAUAAGUCUAGAGAGGAAAUUACUCCGACAAAGACACAAACAUAUCGUUAUGAGCCUCAUACACCAAAUAAGCGACAAAAGCAAGAAACUGAGAGACAUUACAAUGCAAUUUCACCGACACAGCUUAAAACACCACCGGAUCAAAUAGUUGAGGUUAAUUCGGAUUCAACCACCAAUUCCUUAAAACAGAAAAGACAACAGAUAAAUACAAAGUUUCAGUUAAAUCUAAGUCAACAACAGAAUCACAAAGUCAACAAUAAUCCCAAUAAAUGUUCUACAGAAUCAACAAGCGAAUUUCCAGUAAGUUCACCUUCAAAUCCACAACAGCCAAGAGGCGGAAAAUAUCCACCACGACCUCCAUUGUUGAAAAAUACCCUGCCAGCCGAUUCAUUUGAACGUCAGUUAGCCAUGAUAACAGCUUGUAAUCCACAAAUGACUUUGGCAGAGAAAAUUCAAACAUGGGAUUGUGAUGAAGAACUCAGUGAUGUGGAGGAUGUUAAUAUGUUCGAUGAAGAGUUCAAACGCGUGGAGAAACAGAAGAAAUUAGAUAUAAAACAACGCGAAAAAAGUGGACGCAUUAAAAACACCGAAAUUAAAAUCUACGAUUUCUUAGCAUUUCGCCAAAUGUUACUCAGAAAUAUGAAGGAACAAAAAAAUCAAAAAUAUGUCAGUGGUCAGAGUGGAGGAGGUGGUUUUGGAGUGUCUGGUAAUAAAUGUAUAGAAUCAUCGGGUAGUGAAUCAAGUAAAAGUGUUAUUCACGUUGAUGAUAGACCAACAACUUCAGCAGUGGCCCAACAACAAUUACAGCAAAGGCGUUCUAAACCUCAAAUAAAUUUGGAAACGGGAGAACCUAAGAAACGUUUGGUGAAAGAAGCCCCCAAAAGAAACCAAAAUUCCACAACACCACCACAGACAUCGUCUUCGGACAAUGAUAGAGAUUGUUUUCAAAACUCAAAAAAUCAAGCAGCUCACAAUAAGCUCAACUCCCGUCAAAUCCACCUACAUGGCAAGUUAUGUCCCAGCAGUUCUGAGGAAGCCAUUAGCCAGGACGUACCUGCGCAUGUGCUAUUGAAAACAAACAAUAAAUGUGCUUCAGCUAACGUGAAAAAUGUGCGAAAAAAAUCACUAACCCAACCGCAACCACCAGCAAAAUCCAGUGAAACCACCACAACAUUGACAAAAAACCCAAGAAUUGCAACUGAAGAAGAAAUAGAUUCGGUUUUUCGGCUACACCGGCUUAACCGUGAACGAGAUAAAUAUAACUCGUCAUUAUUACAUGAAGUAGAAGAGCAGCCCUCAAGUAUAAUACAAAUGCGUUUGGAUUUUGCAAAUGACACAAACAAAACCAAAAAUUUAAUGGAAAAAAAGCAGGAACUUUUUAAAACGCCCAUUAUACCGCAAAAGUAUUUAGCAAACUCAACACUGACAGCAGAAAAUCAAAGACAAACUUGUUUAUCACCCACAAAAAACGUCAUAACAGCAAAUGAAGAGAUUAGCCAGGAAAGUCCUCAACUUUUGAAUGCAUCAAUAAAAUCAACGGAAGAGUUUAAAAAUGAUAGCAGCACCGAGAAGUUAGAAAAACAAACAGAUAAUGAUGAUUUAGCUGGUGUCUAUCAUCAGCAGCAUGAGUUUUGUAAUUAUUUGGGAUUAACCGGUAUGUCGACGGCCACAGCUAUGGCCAAUGCGGUGGCGGAAUUGGCUCAAUGCAAUUUAGCCAGACGCUCUAUGCGUGUCCUACGUCAGCAACAACAGGAACGUCGUGACAAAUCCGCCAAAGAGGAAAAGCAACUAGAAGCUUUGAAAUUGAAACAACUUAAGGAAUUGCGAAAGCGUGAAAGGGGUGGUAGUGAUGUUAUACCGGUAAUGGAGACGGAGCCAACGGCAAACAAAAGUGAUGAAGGCUCUCAUUCACAAACAUCAGAACCCACUACUUCUGUACAAGAACCUAAACAAAAAACUAGCAACAAUUCUACUACAAAAUCAUCAACUAAAUCUCAAAAUUCGUUUACCAUCAUCAAGAAUGAACCAGAAAUUAAAAUUCUUUGUCAUAUAGCGGCUAAAAGUAAGGAUGAAGCCGCUAAACUUUCCCAAGAAUGUGUCAAGGAAAUUACACAACCCAUACGGGAAACAUUAAUGCGUCAAGCUAAAAUACGGAAAUCCAUAAUUAAACCCUUAGAAAAAAGCGAGGAGGAUGAACAUGAUGAAGAAAAGAAUAAUGGAAAUAGUAAUACAAUUGACAACAAAAUAUUGCAAAUUAUAAAAGAACAAAAGACUGAUUGUGUUGAGGAAAUAGCUAUGAGAGACAUGGAAACUCCAAAAAGGACUUUAAGAUCUCCUAGAUUGUCCAUUGGCAAAGCCGCCUUAAAAACUACCAAAAGUAGAUCUCAAAUUCUCAAUGAAUCAAAGGAGACAGUACAAAAUCAUGAAACAUCUGCUUUUGUUUGUAAACUUGAAUGUAUGGGUGACACUAUGUCCGAUAUCAAAAGCGUAGCAAACAAAUGUGCUACUUCCUGCAUAAAUGUGGAAGAUUUUAUUAAAGACGAAAUGUUAGAACAAAAUUCAAAUGGCGAUGACAUAAGUUUAGUUAAGACGGGUAAACAUUUAAUAUCAUCAACCCCCAGUAUAAUCCAGCAAAAACUGCAAAUGGCUUUAGAGGAGUCGCGCAAAUCUAAGCCCAGCAUCUUCAUAGUACAAUCGUUGGAAUGUAAAAAAGAUCAAGCCAAGUCAUUGGAAAAUUUACAUUCCUUAAACACACCCUUAACUGAAGUACAAGGACACCAAGUAAUAAAGAAGGCGCUAAAGAAAUCUCUUAAAGUAGAAACUAAAUUUAACAAAAAUAAUAUAAAGAAAGUUUUGAAAACUCACAAAGGCAAAAAAUAUCCCACCUCCAAGCGACAAUUGCGUAAGCGUAAAAUAAUUGUUAUUAAAACAAUAAAACCAAAACAAAAGUCCUAUGCCAGUUUAAAUGAAAUUAAAAGAGAACUACGUUCAUCGCCUAGAAUUAAUGAAAUUCAAAGGCUAGAUUCUCGUCUGCAUAAAAAUGUUAACAACAAACAAAAGUAUAUGCCCAAUAAAUCAUCUGUUUCCAAUGAGACAAAAAGUUAUCGCACUGUACAUACAGAAACCAAAGAUUUGGAAAUUUAUCUUGAUAAACAUAAUAGUCAAACCAAGACGCGUUUAAUGGCUAAAGCCUCUGCUUUGCUUGAACGAUCACGCAUGACUUUGCGUGGUAGUUGUAAAGCGGUAAUUAAUAAAUCUAAGCUUACAUCACAAAUUAAAAGAUCGAAACUCAAUUUUCGUGGCAGUAGAACACAAAUUUUAAGACCCAGAAUUGACGACACAACAAGUGAAAAAAGAAAAUUUAAAUCAAUAUCAACAUCGGCAAAAUUAUUACAAAUGCCAACGUUACAGGAAAUAGUGACAGCAAAUAAAACACCAGAACUAGCUAAUAUUCCAUCAGUAAACUUGUUAGAAAAUGAAAAUGUCGUAGUCUCAUCCACCACCAAUACAUAUGACGAACGGCCAUCUCACGAACCUUUGCCCACACAAUCCCCCAUUACUUUAAGAUCCCUACAUAAUGCAGCUUCCUAUGUCAUUGCCUCUUCGCCCAUGGAAACCAAAGAUCAAUUUACACAAUGCAGUAGCAACAGCGGUGUACAAUAUCUUAACACGGCGCCCUUGCCCGUACAAACUAUGCGUAAUCCUUUGAAAUCUGAUCACGGUGUUGUUCUUUACAUGUACCAUGAAUUAGAUAUAUUGAUUGUAAUACAGGAACGUUUAGUUAGUUUUUGGAAAUGCUCAAAACUGAUUAAUAUUUUAGCUACGUUACCUACGAGUAAACCAGCUUGUACUCAUAAUUCAGUAUUACAGAGUGAAACAAUAACAAUGCCGAAACUAAAUAAUGUAGAGCAUUGUUGCAAUAAUCAACUGCGACAGCCUGCCUCAUCAUCAACUCUAAUGGAGCCGAAUACCGGUGGUGAAUGGAUACAAUUAGGGGAGUUGCGCCGUUUAAAUUAUGACUUUGAAAUCUCAGUACCUUUUGCAAAUCGCAUUUGUCUACACAAUUCCACACCCAUCUAUUUAGAAAUGCGCGCACAACAAUUGCCUAAAAAUCAACGUGAUUGUAAUUUACUUUCAAUGUAUAUAAAUAUUUAUUAUUAUCAUGAUGAGGAUAUGAUUGCUAAAUGCAAUUCCAUACCAUUGGAUACAAUACAAAGUGAUAUACAUUCAGUGAACUAUACAACAUUAAUAGAUUCACGUUAUUUCAUUAUGACAUGGCCCCAGGAAAAUCUUCUUGGCAAAACGCGUUCCGGUUUAUGUAAAUAUUCGUUAACGCCACAGUUGGAUACUCUGGCCAGUAUUAGAGAGUUCAAAAGUAUGCGUCAUACAGUACGUUAUUUGGAGUGCAUGAGUGAUGACAAAUUGAUCGGCUUUGGUGAGACUCAGGUCACAAUAUGGGAUCAUCGUAGCGGUGAUGUUCUAAUGAAUUUUGAUCUCGAAAUCCCAAUGGGUAAAAAUCUCGGCUCCAUUUACUUCUCCAGCCAAGAUAUCGAACAAAAUAAUAUGUUGAUCUUACAUCAGUUUCGCGACUUUCAAAACGAUACCCCACCAGAACUAAUGACUCUAGCAUGUACCAUAACACAUGCUCAGCCAUCGUAUCGUGUAUUGCAGGAGAUACGCUUACCAAUGCCAGCUUUUAAAACCAUAAAAAGUUCAAUCAAUAGCGGUGAUCAUUUAGUGGUAACCGGACAAAAUGACGAUGAAUUGUGGAUUUGUGCAACGAAUCCCAGAUUAAUCACUUUAAUAAAUACAAUAGAAAAUAGUAAACGAUUUUACAAUCGCGAAAGAUCACAAUUAAUUGAGCUAACUGAGAAAACGCUUAAUAUUAAUACAUUAGCCAAUCAUAUUUUACAAUUAGCUGCUGGUAAAUAUGAAGCAUAAAUACAACUCUAUACGUACAUAAUGUAAGUAAUAUUUAUAAAGGCAUGGUAAACAUUGCUUUUCUUUUUAGUAACAAACAAAUAUUCGUGAUAUUGCUUUGUUAUAUAAAAACAAAUUGUUUUGAACAAAAUUUUGUUAAAAAAUCUGUUUUUUUAUACUUGUGUUUUCAACAUAUUUUUGGCUUUUUAGUGUUAAAGUAUUUUUAAAAUUCAAAAUUGUUUUUUUUUUGCAAAAUAUAAAAAAUAUAAGUACUUUUAUAAGGUUUAAGAAAAUGUAACAAGCUGAUUCUAAUGUAUAAAUCAUAAACAUGUAUUUGAAAUAUAUACUAUCUAAAAAUGAAGCAAACAAAAUGUAAAAUAUUUAAAAAAAAAAAAUCAUUCUAAAAUAUAUCACUACUUACUAAAACUGUAUAAACCUUAAAUAGUUUCUAAAUACUUUUAAAAUCAGUGUCUGAGACACUAUUUUCAUUAUUUUUCUUUCGUAUUUUACAUAUACAUAAUUAGUUUUAAUAUUAAUUAAUUAUGUUUUUUAAUAAUUUCCUAACACGAUAUACAAUAAUAAUUUAGAAGAAAGUUUAGGAAUUAUAUCUUAUUAUAUAGCGGGGAGUGUGAGGAAGACAUUUAGUUAACAAAUGUGUUAAAAAAAAACCUCAGAAAUGGUUAUAGUUCUAGAAGUAAUUAAAAAAAAUUAAAAUUUCAUUUUUAAUAUACAAUUUUUGGGGAUUUUUCUUAGAGUGUUUCCUGGCGCGUUUCAAAGUUAUGUCUUUAAUAGGAAAAACGAGAUGUUGACCACUUUUUCGUCAAACCCUUAAGGCCACUUAAGGCCUCCUCAUGUCUAGAAGAAUUUGCUGAACGAUUUAUAAAAUGGUAAUAUUUUGUGCUUGAAAUGUUCCAAACAAAUUAAAAAAUAAAAUAUUGAUUACAAAUCAAUUUUUAAAAGACUUGUUUUUGAAAAUGUAUCUCCAGAUUUGAAUUACCAAAAUUUUAUUAAGUAUUG